GACUCGGUACAAUCAUAUGCUAUAUUUGAAAUGUCAAUUAUUGGCAGUAGUAUUUUGAAAUAGAAAUUAAUCUUAAAAUCGCAUUAUACAAUAUAUACUUUCGGAACGUGUUCGAUUGUAAUAAUAUCAUUAAAUUUAUUAGAUUUCAAUCAAAAUUAACAAUAUAACAAUAAGUCUGUUUUGGCAUUCUAGCUAUUGUGGUUUCUUAUGAAUUUUAUAAAUUGCAUUCAUUCUUAGACAGUCAUUUUGAUCAGUGGUGUAAUUUUUUACUUAAUAUUGAUAUUAUUUGUAAUUCCCACAUUUUUAGCUUUCGUCGUGAAAUAUCGUCUUUAGUUUGUUGGAAAAUAGAACUGCAACGAUGCCCGCUGCCAGCUUUGGCUCGCUAGUUGCAAGUGUUAUAAAAGAAGAUUGCACUAUAAAAAAUGUAUGGAAUCACAAUUUACAUGAAGAGUUUAAUGUUAUCCGACAGAUUGUACAGAAAUACCACUGGGUGGCAAUGGACACAGAGUUCCCUGGAGUAGUAGCACGUCCCAUUGGAGAGUUUAGAUCAACUGCAGAUUAUCAGUACCAACUUCUAAGAUGUAAUGUGGAUUUAUUGAGGAUAAUCCAAUUAGGUUUAACAUUUAUGGACGAAAAUGGCAAGACACCCCCUGGUUGUACUACCUGGCAGUUUAAUUUUAAAUUUAACUUGCAAGAAGAUAUGUAUGCUCAGGACUCCAUAGAUUUACUACAAAAUUCAGGAUUACAGUUCAGAGAGCAUGAAGAACAUGGCAUUGAGCCCCUUGAGUUUGCUGAAUUACUUAUGUCUUCAGGUAUUGUGUUAAUGGAUAACAUCAAUUGGCUGAGUUUUCACUCUGGAUAUGACUUUGGUUACUUAUUGAAGCUUCUUACAGACCAAAAUUUACCACAAGAAGAAAAUGAUUUCUUUGAUAAUCUUAGAUUAUACUUUCCCACUGUUUACGACGUUAAAAUAUUUUUUGAUGGCAACAUCGAGAGCACCAGUGGACAUCUCUAUGGAUUGGGUGCGCCUUUUCCUACAAAUGUUAACAAUUUCCAAGAAAACAGUGAAAAUGGCAGCUCAUCUUGAUCGGGAGAGUCGGUGUGUGUGACCAGCCUCACGCCACAACCGCGUAUUUUCCAUAUCUCGGAAUGAAUUCAAAUAUUGUGAUAAUUGAAGUAUUGAAGUAUUUUAUUUCUAUAAGCAAUGACUUUAAUUAUAUAAGGUCACAAGUAAUAAUAUGUAAAUAAUAAUUAGUAGAAAUAUAAAAUAUUGGUAGUCAAUAAUGUCACUAUAGUACUAAAAUAAUCACUUAUUGUGGUAUAUAUUAGAAUUGUUAAAGAAAUGACUACUAUUUUAUUGGAUCAGAUUUUCCGUAAGUUUGCUUUUAUCUUUAGUUAAAUGUAAAUGUAAGAAUUAUAAUAAAUUUUAUACCAAGUACCUGUGCAGGACACAGUUUCUUAUUCGAGCAUCUUUUUUUCUGUCACAACGGGCACUUUAUAAUUUUAUUUAUUUAUUUAUUUACGUAAUUUUUGUUUUCUCCACAAGUCCACACAAACAUGUUUAGUAGUCAUUUAGGGAUAGCCAUUAACUCGCCUAGUGUUAACUUGCCAAGGCCGGGCUGACCAGCCAAAUGAUUUCGUGCCUAGACACUUUAAUCAAAAUAAAAAUAGCAAAUAAUGUAAGCACAUAUUUUAAUCAGAGUAAAUUUACUAUGUAUAAGUUAUCAUGUUUUAAAGAGUUUAUCGGCAAUGUGAAUGUUCCGUUCAGGUAUUCUGUAGCGAUAGUUUUCACAGUGUUGAUAUACCCUUGUCGACAUAGCUCGGUGCCUACCUGGUUGCCUAACAAUAACAUAAUUAAUUAACUGAUAGCUUCUUAUGAUAAUUGUUAUGUUAACGCUGUAAUUAUUUUGUUACUCUGAUUUGUGAUUUACUUAGCUCAAUUAUUUGUUAUUAGUAUAGAAGGAUCGGACGCUGAGAUAAAAGAAAAUAGUAAUAAUAUAAAAAAUGUUAAAUAUAUUAUGAAAAAAAUAAUAGGACAAACAUUAAAUUAAUAUUUACCUGUGAUUAAAUGUACCAAUUGAAAAUUACGAUAUGAAAAAUGUGGAAUAUAAUAAAGUUUGUUUACCAAUCUUUAUUUGUUUAUCUUGUUGCCAUACUCAUUAAAGUAUUCUUUUUAUAACUAAUAUUGCAUAGACAGUAUAUUCUUUCAAUAAUAUAAUAAUAUCAUAGUGAUUUAGUAAAGACGAGUAUUAGCUUUAGUUACAACUUACAUUAUAGUUAGCAGAAUCAAAUUUAAACUUCUGAUCC